AUGUAUACUUACAAGAACUCGUAUCGAGAUAAGCCACAAGCGUCGACAGCUUCUAAGAAGUGCUGUUCAUCUAUCUGUAUCUCAAUGAUGAAGUGCUGCAAAGAUUUCUGUAAUGAGACCAGCAUCCAUGGAUUCAAUCACAUAGCAGCGCCAAAGCGGCAUUGGCUUGAACGCCUCCUUUGGUUAUGUGCAUGCGGCCUUGCCAUAUGGAUGGCCCUGAACGUCUCCAUAGGACAACUCCAGCGAUACAACGAGAGUCCCACAGUGGUGACGCUGGAGAAGGACUUCAGAUCCUGGCAGUUCAGUAUGCCUGCCAUCACUUGUUGCUAUGAAGACCGCAUGGAUCGGGCUAAACUUCCUGGCGUUAUAAAAGAGUAUUGGAAUAUUGAAGCAAAUGACGAGAAAUAUGAUUACUACACCAGGUUUGUCAAAGCAGUGGCCAACUCUGACAUCUUGAAUCUUCAGAUGUUUGAACAGUUUCAAGAUAUGCAGAUGAGCGUGGACAUGUAUCAGAUAGCUGUCGAUGUAAUGCCUGAAGUGAACAUCAAAACAGUGCCUUCAGAAGCCGGUGAUUGGAAAUGGUGGCCGGUGAUGACGGAGGCCGGCGUUUGUUACGUAACGAAUUCUUUGGCACUAGCUGAUGUGGCCAUCGUGAAACCAAAUCAGAGUGAGACGGCCUCAUCGCCAGUAAUGUGCAAGAAUUCUGCAAAUAAUUGUUACAUCGUGGUGGACAACUACGCCGUUGCUAAAUAUUACGUACAUUCUCCAUACGACGUCAUGGAUGCGACCAGCGUGCCGUCCGUAGCAUACUUGUCUCUCACGAGGGAAUCUGAGUUGAGCACCAUGGAGAGUAGGUGCGGUCGAGGUGUUAGGGAGCUACAUCCUAGGAGGCGAGGUGGUCCUAUAUGCACACCAGCAGGAAUGUGGUGUCUCUCUUUCUUCGCCCAGAACAUAACCAGUAACAACGGAGAGAGGUGUACGUGUGCUCCGCAAUGUGUCGACAGUGUGUUCAAAGAGAUCAACAAAAAGGAUCAAAACUGGGACAAGCCCCCAUUUUCCUCCCGUAGCUCUAUAAAGUUUGUGGUUCAAGGACCAAGGACACGCUACACCAGAGAAAUUGUAUUCCACUUCCAGGAUUUAGUUGUGUCCUUCGGAGGAGCUGCCGGCCUAUUUCUGGGAGCCAGCUUCAUUAGUUGCAUAGAAAUUCUAUACUUCUUUCUGUCUAGGCUCUUUUAUACAACUUUCAAGAAGAAUGAGAAGAAUCAGAAGACUACCGCAGUGAAGAGUAAACUUCACACUACCGCCCACGAAACCUUUCGCGUAGAACACCUGAACGCUGUGCUGGAUUCGCAGAAAAAGUAUCAAUAUGAUGUAAUGUGA